UUUUUUUUUUUUUUUUCCUCCCGACGCCGGGCAAGAUGGCGGCGGUAGCGCCGAGAUGGAGUAGCCGCUCAGCUUGAGCAGUUUUUAGACAAAAAUAGCUGAAAUAUUUAACUUAAAUCUGAAAAUAGCGCGCUUUUUGUUUGGACCUUUCAACUUUCGCUAAGUUUUGAUAUUUUCUAUCAGAAUGUUCCAAGUCUAGUUAUCUUUUACAGCAAGCAAACAAGACAGAAAGUAUAAUGGGAGAGAAGCUAGAACUGAAGCUCAAGUCGCCGGUCGGAGCCGAAGCUGCGGGAUAUCCGUGGCCAUUACCAGUAUAUGAUAAACAUCAUGAUGCUGCACAUGAAAUUAUUGAAACCAUACGUUGGGUGUGUGAGGAGAUCCCUGACCUUAAGCUGGCGAUGGAGAAUUACGUGCUCAUUGACUACGACACAAAAAGUUUUGAGAGUAUGCAGAGACUGUGUGACAAGUACAACAGAGCUAUUGACAGCAUUCACCAGCUGUGGAAAGGUACAACUCAGCCAAUGAAACUGAAUAAAAGGCCUUCAAAUGGCCUGCUUCGCCACAUCCUGCAGCAAGUCUACAAUCACUCUGUAACUGAUCCAGAGAAGCUAAACAACUAUGAGCCCUUCUCUCCAGAGGUGUAUGGAGAGACUUCAUUUGACCUGGUGGCUCAGAUCAUUGAUGAGAUUGAGAUGAUGGAGGAGGACACUUUUGUGGACCUGGGCAGCGGCGUUGGCCAGGUGGUUCUGCAGGUUGCUGCAGCUACUAACUGUAAGCACUACUACGGUGUAGAGAAGGCCGAGAUUCCAGCCACGUACGCAGAGGCAAUGGACAGGGAAUUCAAGAGGUGGAUGAAGUGGUACGGGAAAAAGCAUGGCGAGUAUACACUGGAGAGAGGAGAUUUUCUGUCAGAAGACUGGAGAGAAAGAAUAGCAAACACAAGUGUUAUUUUUGUGAAUAACUUUGCCUUUGGUCCAGAGGUGGAUCACCAGCUGAAGGAACGAUUUGCCAACAUGAAGGAAGGUGGAAAAAUUGUAUCCUCAAAACCUUUUGCACCUCUCAAUUUUAGAAUCAACAGUCGAAACUUGAGUGAUAUUGGCACAAUAAUGCGUGUUGUUGAACUUUCUCCGCUGAGAGGCUCAGUGUCAUGGACAGGGAAGCCAGUUUCCUACUAUCUGCAUACAAUAGACCGUACCAUACUUGAAAACUAUUUUUCUAGUCUUAAAAAUCCUAAACUCAGGGAGGAGCAGGAAGCAGUGAAACGGCGUCAACAGAAGGAGACCAAGGACAGUAAAAGCAGCAGCACCACCCCAACCAAGCCAAAGGAGCACAAGGAGUCAGGUGGUGAGGAGGAGGCCUUAGGGGCACUGGUACCUGUGAAGUCGUCACCUAAACCUCGUCGUGCCAAGCUACUGGCCAAGGGCCGCAAGCUGGGCAACAGGAAACGUGGGCGGCCCAAGAAGUCCAUCAUAGCAGCAGCCACCGAACGCAAGACCAAGAAGAGUCAGAGUGCCCUAGACCUGCUUCAUGCCAAGACCGUCUCAGCAGCGCCUCCUCAGGAUGCAUACAAAUCGCCUCAAAGCCCCUACUACCAGCUACCUCCUAAAGUUCAGCAUUACACAGCUGGCCAGCUGCUGCUUGGCUCCAUGCCUGCGGGCCUGCAGACUCUCCUCGAUAAUUUCAAAGUCCAGUACAUGCAGUUCUUGACCUAUAUGAAGACACCACAGUACCACACGAACAUACAGCAAGCUCUGGAGCAAGAGAGGCUCAGACACACUGAAUUGUCAGGUCAAGCCCAGCGACUGAUGAACGCCUGUCAUGCUCACAAGGAGAGGAUCAGGGACCUUUUUCAGGCCAAACUAGAGGAGCUGGGAGUAAAGGCAGUUACAGUGGAGGACCUGGUGCAGGCUCAGAAAGAGAUCAUGGCCCAUAAUAUGCAGCUGAAAGAGCAGACCAAGCAGCUGGAGAGAGACAUGGCUGAGCUUAAAGACCAGAGCCUGCGACUGCUGAAGGCUCGCUGUGAGGAACUGAAGCUAGACUGGGGGUCUCUGUGUCUCGAGACCCUGUUAAAGGAAAAGGCUGCUCUGCGUAGACAGAUCUCUGAGAAACAGCGCCACUGCCUAGAACUUCAGAUUAGCAUUGUGGAGCUGGAGAAAAGCCAAAGACAGCAGGAGCUACUACAGCUCAAGUCCUCCUACAGCCCAUGUAAAGACUCUCCAUACCGCAAGAACAUUCCAAGUCUCGAGCCCCGGCCCCCACUAGACACUAACAACCCCAAACUGGCUGAACUGAAUGGCCUUAGCCCUGAGCUGUCUAUGAAUGGCACAGCAUCUCCUAGCUAUGAGCGUGGAGGCAGCGUCAACUGCUUCAAUGGCAAGAAUGAGCUGCUGUCCCACUACCUGCCAAUCUCCCCCGAGCACGAGAUUGUGCCGCCCACCCCAGAGCCUCGGAGCAGGCCUCUAGGGCAGCCCCUGCCCGACUACACACGCUUUUCUCCAGCUAAGAUUGCCCUGCGCAGGCACCUCAACCAGGACUCCUCUAUAGGCCAGGCCAGAGCGCUCAGCACCAUCCACAGGGGUGACGGUGUUGUGUCAUCUCCAAGCUUGAAACAGGGCUGCUCUUCACCAAACGCAGCUGAAAAUCAACAACCAAACACACUCAAGAGCGCAGAGAAGGUGAAUAAGGAAAAGAGCCCAGCUGGACCAGGUGACAGUAUUACCAGUCUCCCAAUCAGCAUCCCUCUCAGCACGGUACACCCCAGCAAACUUCCUGUCAGCAUCCCACUGGCCAGCGUGGUGCUGCCCAGUCGGGCCGAGAGACUGAGGAAUACACCCAGUCCUAUGUCCAGUAGGGAGCAUUCAGCAGGGCAAAGCAACACCAAUAAGCAACCUCUGACCCCUAACUCGGGGUUGGUGAACGGCUCCCACUCUGCUAUAUGUGAUCAAGACUGCGGCUCCAUGUCUCCUCCACCCCACAGCAACCCCCUGCUGGGUCUUCAGUCACAUGGCUCUUGCUCCAGCCCUCUGCUGAGCACUGGAGGAGUGCUACAGUAUGCAGACAGACCUCCCCGUCUUCCUGAUGAGGGUCACCAGCAUCACGGACUCGAAUCUGAUCCUGAGAUUCUAGACAGUGAGGCUCGCCGCCACAUGUUCUUCUCUUCCUCCUCCUCUUCGUCGUCGUCCUCCUCCUCUGCCGGAGGCUCGCAUCCGCAUCGUGGAUCAGUCAAGCAGGGGAAGCACCACAGCAGUCACCACCACCACCAUCACCACUCGCCAGGCUCUCACGGGUCGGAGGGACGCAAGAGAGGCCGACGGAAACGCAGCUCCUCUAGCCUCGUUCCAGCAGGUGGUUCCCCCAAAAAACGAUCAUUCCCUGGGAUUAACUACUCCUCAGGUUCUCCACUUAAUAUAAACACCAUGGUGAAUAACAUUAAUCAGCCUCUGGAGAUUUCAGCCAUAUCCUCUCCGGAGCAGACAGGCGGCAGCCCAUGUGAGACUGACCUGGACCAGCCACCUGUACUUAAGAGAGAACGCCCUCUGGAGAUGAAUGGCUCCAGCCAUGACUUAUCCCCCCCUAGCUCGGAGGAUGAAGAAACUGGAUAUCCAGCAGACAGCAGCUCUUUACGAAUUGAAAGGAAAAUCGCGACAAUUUCUCUGGAGAGCCGAGAUGGUGAGAGGGGUUCACAGGGCCGUAAAUCGGGGGCCAGUAGUGUGAGUAGCGACACCUCCUCUUCUUCCAGCAAAUGGAAGUCCACCUUCUCACCCAUCUCUGACCCCAAGCCCACUCCUCCAGAGCUCCGGCAGAGCAACUCCCCUUUCUGUGGCGGCAUGUCUUGUGGCCCAGACUCUGACUCUGAGCAAAAACCGCAAAAGAGAGCAGACCGGGACCGCAGUGAGCAUUAUGGGAACCCUAAACCCUUUCUAGGUCUGGACAAAGCACGAGAAUCCUUUCCUAAGCAAAAGGCACGGGAGUGGGAGCUAAAGGCCAUCGGUAGUCUGACCAGCCAGAACCUCUUCAUCUCUGCUGCAGCUGGUGGAGGCCUCCUGUGUGGAAAAGCAGGUCGAGCCACUGCGGUUUCUUCUGCCUCUUCUGUGGGACAGUAUUUCCCUCUCGGCGGAACCUCAGUCUUACAGUCCUUAUUUGGAGCGCAGGCUCCUAACCCGGCCUCCAGCGGACAUCCACGUUUGGUUAAUGGUCACUCCGUGCUGGGCAGCUUUUCUAGUGCUGGAUUGGCAGGGGGUGCUGCAGGAGGGAUUUUUCACCACAUGACGCCUUCAGUGUCCUCUCAACAGUCUGCGCCCCCCAGUUCCCAGCACAGCCACUCUUCCUCGCAGCAGAGGAAUCUGGACUCCAAAGCCGGGGCCUUGUUCCUGGCCCAAUAUGGCCGCACGCAGACUGUCCUGCACGCACCUUCCCCUCCCGCACUUUCGCUACCUCCCCCUCCUCCCCUUCUCUACACUUCCUCCUCCUCCUCCGCUCCUCUCCAGCCUUCCCCGCCAUGCUCGGAGAGGAAGCAAUCUGUUUCUCUCCACACACUACAUGUUCCCCCUGCCUCCUCUUCAUCCCCCACUCCUGCUCCUGUCACUUGUAUAUCAACCACUCCUGCUGCCUCCUCUUUGUCGCGCCCCUUUACACUGCCCUACCUGCCUUCUUCAAGCAGCAGCAGCAGCAGUGGAGGCAGCAGCAGUGGGUUGGUGAGCUCCUGGAGAACUCUGGGUAUGCAGGUUCCCUAUGCUGCUCGGCCCAGAUAGCGGUGCCAUGAGCAGAAACCGGGAGGGAGGGAGGGAAGGCAGAACUGUGGGGUAAUUUAUUAU